GUUUGCACAAUACUGUUGAAAAAACUUUCCGAAAUGUGCUCAGAUGAAAAGGAAUAUAAUCUCUCCAGAAGGUUUGAAAACCAUGCAAGAAUGUUUGAAAGAAAAGCAAGUAUUUUGUUGGAUGUUAUGUAUGAGCAGAAUGAGAAACAUGCAAUGGAUACUAUGGAUCAAGAAGUUACUGUUUUUGGAGUAAAAACCAACCCAUUAUCAUUUGCAUAUGAAAAUCUGAUGUACGAUGUGCUAGCUCAUCCUUGCUCACAACGCAGGAUGGACGUCAUUUGGCAUAAGAAAACUAAAAGAGAAGAAAAUGAAGCUGGUUGUUGUCCAUCUAGGUGCACCGUGUGUGAUUUGUCACCAAAAACGUACUACUGCAUCAACUACGUGAUGUUUUUUGUUGCACUGGUGUUGUACAGUGGUUUCGUACUGACAAGUGUGAGCGAUCCCUCCUAUAAGCGUGUUAUUGCCAGAGGAAUGGAGUAUUCUGUGUACAUCUGGGGUUUUGGAGAUUUUAUCGCAGAGUAUCUUCCACUUUUUGUACUGCUGAAAUUAAUUCCUCAACUUAAGUUCAGAAGAUUUUUCUUCAAGCUGAAGCUGCAGCUUAAUGACUUCUGGAAUGCGAUAGACCUUCUCUCUUAUAUUUUUCUUGCAAUUGCGUUAAUUGUCCGACAUGCAGGGAGCAGUGAAAAUCUAACAUAUUCCAGAAGAAUCUUUGCAGUGUCUUUGCUAAUAAUGUACCUUAGAUUCCUCCAAGCAUUUAUGAUGAUUCGUACAUUUGGAGCAACUUUGAUCAUGAUAAAAGAAAUGUUGAAGGACCUUAUAACGUUUAUAUGGUUGGCCAUAUUUGUGAUAUUUGGAGUAGGAAUAUAUUACCACGCAAAUCUUUGGCCAGACCACGUGUACAUAUUUGGUGACGGGUCUUUAGGAUCAUGGAGGAUCUGGAAAAUCAUCAGUCUUCCUUACUGGCAGCUUUAUGGAGAACCUAACGAAGAAUACAUCAGUGGAAAGGACCAGUCCGACUGUACCAAUAUUACGUCUAUUUGGUCUUCAGACCCAUCGCAAGAGAGAUGUCCACGCGAGGACUGGACAGUUGUUUUGAUCGCUGCAUUUUACAUGUUAUUCUCCAACCUUCUGCUAGUGAACCUUGUAAUAGCUAUGUUCAGCUACACAUUUGGGAGAGUCAAAUCGAAUUCCGAAAAACUAUGGAUGUUUGAGCGCUAUGUGGUCAUAAAGGACUUUGAGUAUCGAAAGCCUUCCUUAAUAAACAUAAUUUGCUUUUUAAGUUACAUCAUCAGUUGCCUGUUUCAAAAAUGCAAAAACAGAGUGAACAAUAAUCAAGGGAAAAAAGAAACAAGUGAAAAUAAAAAAGAAGAGAAGAAGGACUUGAAGAAAUUUCAAAAAAUCAUGGCAACGAGGGUUGUCUAUGCACAGGCAGAACAUGUACUGAGAACUGCUGAAACGGAUAGCAUGUAA